AUGGAACCACCAAAACAUCAGUCACUUAGUUUUGUCUCUUGGAACACUAUGGGAAUAAGGUACACAAAAGGAACAAACUCCAAGCUCCAACUUGUGUUGGAUGAACUAAUCAGACUGAAGGCUGAUGUUGUCUUUUUACAAGAAACACACAUUGAACCACGGUCUUAUGAAGUACCCGAGAGCAUAAAAGGCUGGAGGACUUUCUUCACUGUCCACCAUCCCCGCAGCAAAGGAGUCGCUAUCUUAAUAAAGAAUGAAAAGACAUUUAAUUACAUAUGCCAUGAUGAAGAUUACAGUGGAGGCUAUAUUGUCCUCUUCUGUCAUCUCUAUGGUCAGUUGUAUACCCUUGUUAAUGUGUACAACCACAAGGCAGACAGACAAAUGCUGUACAGAUUGAGAGACUAUUUGACAGCUAUUAACACUAAAGGUGUGCUUGUGGUUGACAUGGUUGGUGGGGACUUCAACACAGUACUGGACCCAACUUUUGAUAGGAGACCAGCAGCAGAUCAAACGUUCCAUUCCUCACUUAGACGCAUUCUAGAAGAUUUCACAGAAUCUCUGAGCCUCAAAGACAUAUUUGCAUUAAUGCAUCCAAUGGAAGAAGGCUUCACACGAUCUCAGAAUCAAAGUCACUCAAGGUUGGAUAUGUUUUUCAUGCCAACUAACACAAUGCAUUAUGUCAUAAACUGUAUGAAUCACAAAUCCCCAACUGAAAAGAAGAGAAUCUCUGAUCACAAUCCUCUAGUCUUAGAUAUCAAAGUUCCAUCACUGCUGGAAUAUAAAAUGCCGGAAGUUGCCUCAUUGUUAAUAAAAUGUAAAUACCGUGAAGCUCCAGACAGAAGAGCAGGCAAAAUAAAUGGUGCAGAAAUACUGAGUGCUAUCAGAUCUUUGCCUGACUCACAACAACAAAUUCCUGAUGAACUCAGUGUCUAUCACUACAAGAGGAUAGACCUUCCAUUCACAGAACUCUUAAAGUUAAUAUACAAUAGGAGGUUGAAGUCUAAAUGUGUUCCUAAAUCUUUUGUAAAAUCAUUGCCUGUUCCAGACAAUAUGCAUUGUUUCAGAGUUGACUAUUUGAUUUUCACUCACAUUUUAGCCAAACGCCUUAUGGUGUUUUUAACACCAUCUUUUAGGGAAAGAAACAGGGUGGCACGUGGUGUUUGCUUUUGUGUGACUUUUGCAGAACGCCCCCAACAUAUCAAGAUGUCUUUCCUAAAUCAAAGUCUCUCAUCUCUUAAGCAAAUGAACCCUACACCACCGAAAGACUUCAGCAUUCUGGAGAAUCUCCUCCCCAGGUCCAGCCACUCCGAUCAUGACUACAGAACUCUGCGUCAAGGCUGCCCACUCACCACACCCAUCCUCAUACUGGCCUUGAAACAACUGGAAAGUGACAUAAUGGCAACCAGUAAAAGCACUGGCAACACUAGUCUCAGCAUUACCAGAGAGUCUCUGCUGAUUUAUACAGAUAAUCUGAAAACUGGCACGAUACAACCAGGUGAGACACAGGGCCCACAACUGAUCUAA